CGUGAGUAAGGCGGCCAAUGGGUGGCUUGUGCAGGUUUAACUAUGUUUAAUGUCAGAUAGCAAUAAAGUAGAAGCUGCCGGUCGGGCCCCGCGGAAAUGGGCGAGCAUAAUCUCCUGAAUCCUGGGUUUGUGGGACCGCUGGUGAACAUCCACACAGGAGACACCUUUUACUUCCCCAACUUCCGCGCGUCAGGGGCGCAACUCCCCGGGCUGCCUUCGCUGUCCUACCCACGUCGCGACAACGUGUGCUCGCUGCCCUGGCCGUCCGCCGAGCCGUGCAAUGGCUACCCGCAGCCCUAUCUCGGCAGCCCGGUGUCGCUCAACCCGCCUUUCGGCCGCACGUGCGAGCUGGCUCGCGUGGAAGAUAGCAAGGGGUACUACCGCGAGCCGUGCGCUGAGAGCGGCGGCGGGGGCCUAAAGCGGGAGGAGCGCGGGCGCGAACCCGGAGCAGGGCCCGGAGCAGCGCUGCUGCAGCUGGAGCCGUCGGGGCCGCCUGCUCUCGGCUUCAAGUACGACUACACGGCGGGCGGCGGUGGUGGUGACGGCGGCACGGGACCCCCUCACGACCCACCCUCGUGCCAGUCACUGGAAUCCGACUCCAGUUCGUCCCUACUCAACGAGGGCAACAAGGGCGCCAGCGCGGGCGACCCUGGCCCUCUGGUAUCGCCGUUGAACCCAGGCGGCGGGCUCUCAGCCAGCGGCGCGCCCUGGUACCCGAUCCACAGCCGCUCGCGAAAGAAGCGUAAGCCGUAUUCGAAGUUGCAGUUGGCGGAGCUGGAGGGCGAGUUUCUGGUCAACGAGUUCAUCACACGCCAGCGUCGGAGGGAACUCUCGGACCGCUUGAAUCUUAGUGACCAGCAGGUCAAGAUUUGGUUCCAGAAUCGGAGAAUGAAAAAGAAAAGACUUCUGCUGAGGGAGCAAGCUCUCUCCUUCUUCUAGGAGACAGGACACGCGUGCUAGCCCCAGACUGAGCUUGCCUUGGUGAAGCAAGAGGGGCGCAGCCUGGGACACAGUCCCGCUUACAACGCCAGGCCUCUGGCAGGCUCUCCCUGGACGUCUCUUGUCUGUUUUGUUCGUGGUUCCCUCCCACACACACCCACCCCCAGCAGGCCCUGCGGGUCCCGAGAGAAGGGAAUAAACCUAGCCUGAGAAGGCAGAAGCCCAGAGGGGCAAGGGCAAGCUGGGACACUGUGGAGGGGUGGUGCAUUUGAGGCCGGACUGGAGUGCCGGGCCUCCCGCUGAGGUAGUGGGAAAGUUCUCUCUCUCUCUCUCUCUCUCUCUCUCACAGACACACACACACACACACACACACACACACACACACACACACACACAACCUUCCUCCACCUCCCUUUCUGGUCUUAAGUCUGUAUACUUGGAGGACCAGACAAGGUUGGUGGUAGUGGAAUCAAGGUGCCCAAACUCAAACUCAUAAUUGACGGAGUUGAGAGGUGGGAGCUAGAACAGAGAGGAUCAGUGGACAGAGUUGGGGGUGGGGGUAGAGAACUGUGGCAGAGUUAGAGGAAGCUGGGGACCGACCAAGGAGGAAAUGUGGUAUGAGAGAAUGGUCCGGGGUCUGCACGUCUGAGUCCUCCAGGCCUGAGCACUGGGUUGGCUGAAGUGUCUGCAUUUGGCAGACUACCUUGAAGGAAGUAAAUUAAUCAGCUUUAGGUCCUCUCCCGGAGGGAUCUAGAAAAGUCUCAAGGACCUCAGCUGGCUGCUAAGUUCCCCCAGCUUGUCCCAGGCAAACACAGCUCACAGGUGUGCUAGCCACUCUUUCCUUCACUUAUGCGGCUGCGGCUGCGUGCGGAUUGGAAGCGGCAAAGCGGGAACUGAGAACCAAACUCACACGGAGGGGGGUUCUGUAGCCACCCCCAGAGACCCCCACCUGGCCCUCCAGGAAGCCCAAAGAGGUGGUGGAAGGGGUUGCGGAGAGCGGCAUUGAUUGGCAGGGAGUGUUUCCGGCAACUACAGCAGCGGCCCGCUGAUUCUCUCUUCCCGCUGGCGUUCACGGUCACGGCCGGCCGGCCGAAGGCUGGACCGGCGUAAUUUACGAGGCGGGAGGAGAAUCUGCCCUUAAAGGGGCUACGGACAGCAGAGGCCCCGCUCAACCCGAUUCCCAGGCUGGUGACAAUGCAGGAGGGAGAGCUGCAAUUCCCCACCCAACUCCUUUCUCUCUAUCCCCUACCCGCCCCCCAACAUCGCCCUUUGUCUCAGGAUCCGCUGCCUCCGCCUCCCGCCCAGCUAGCCACCGAGUACUGGGGCCAGAGCUGAAGAAGGAGGGGCGCAUCUCCAGGUCCAGUUGGAGACCAAAAAGGAAGGCUUUUUAUGCAUAGAUCCUUUCAGCCUCCAGCCCCAGACCCAAAGUUCCGAGGCUAGCCAGCCGGCUCUGGAAAGAACAGUCGAGAUAACCCACCAGCCCUCCUGCACCCUGUUUUUACUCUUCCCAUCUGCUGUCUUACUCCAGUGGAAACACAGGGCUGAGAAGCAGGAGACUGACAGAGCUGAGUGCAGCUUGGGCAGUGUGAAACUGCCCACUGAGGUGAGGGGAGUCUUCCCACUCUCCAAGGGCAAGCCACAGAAUGUUGGGCUCCCCCAGUAGCACAUGGCUUCAAGUUUGUUUACAGGGUUGUUCAGAGAAACAAGCAAAUGUAUAUACACACAGAUGAGCCCAACAAACCAUUGGGUCCAAACCCUCUCCCCUCUACACUUGCAAGCAGGCAGCUUCUUGGUCUCCAUUUGGCUCAAUAGAGAGGAGAUACAAUCACAUGCCUUGAUCCUCCAUUGGGCACCUGACACAUCUUGCCAUCCACUACACAUGUUCAUCUAUGUACAAGUUCCCAGAAAACAUCUCACUCCAGCUGUCCACACAAUCUCUGUGGGCUGGCUGUGGGGAUGAAGUACUAUCCCCCCCCCCAUCUGUAUCCCCUUGUGCAGCUCUCCAGUGACUGGUGGGCUCUAGAGUGUUGGAUUCAAGCUCCACAACUCCGAUUUGAUUCCUAAAGCCUGGUAGGAAAGAGACUAGAAGACUCCAAAAAGAAGGGGGCAAAGUUAUGCAAUAUUCUCUUUCCUUUGCUUUAAACUUGACUUCUGUGAACUUCUUUGUCGGUAUCUGUCCUGUUGAUUGUGUCUCUAGUACCUACUGUAGUUCCUUGGUAGUCAGCAUCCUCUACCUCUGUCCCCAGAUCUGUGUAGUGUACCCCCCUAUUCAAGCAUCUGUCUUUAGCACGUUUUCCCUUUAUAUAGUCCUUGUACAGAGCUGCUUCAUCAUGUUAAUAUUAAUAAUUAAAACAUGGAUGUAUGACGAUGUGA